AUGGAUCAGUGGAUGACAGCGGCAAGUGCAUUGCUAGCAUUCAUAUUAUAUUACAACACACUUGAUGCAGGAUUUGUUUAUGACGACAGGCGGGCGAUCCUCUCCAACCCGGACGUCAUCGGGCAUACUCCAAUAAAGGCUUUAUUUGAAAACGAUUUCUGGGGAACACCGCUCUCGGACCCUGGUUCGCAUGGAUCGUACAGGCCUUUGUGUGUAGCCUCGUAUCGACUGAAUUAUGCGUUGAGUGGCUUUAGGCCAUGGAGCUAUCACUUUCUCAAUGUACUGUUCCACUCAAUAGCUACAGCGCUGGUCGUGACGACGGCACGUCGAAUAUUACCGACUUACUGCAUGCGAGUGGGGAGUGCAGUUGCCGGCUUGAGCUUCGCUGCCCACCCGAUUCACACAGAGGCGGUAGCCGGUGUGGUCGGACGAGCGGAUUUGGCGGCGUGCAACUUUUUCCUUCUGAGUUUCCUACUUUACUGCGAGCACUCGAGAAUUCGCAACGAGUUCCAGAGGAAACUGUGCCGGCACGGCGCCAAAGAUAAUUUAACACACCAACAGCUGUCAAUUACCGUUCACGUUCUGAGGUUCGGCUGUCACGGGUUUUUCGAGCGGAUCCUCAUUAAUUUUCGGAGGCUGCUAAAAGCCAGCAAAAUUGCUACACUAGUGCUCAGCGCGUGUGAAGUAGAUUCGGGAUGUGUAAAGAUGAAAAAGUGCCAGUGUAACAGCAGUGUGAGUGUGUAUACGUACGAACUCUUGCAGUGGUUUACGUUAGCGGGAACACUUUUGUUUGCUACAGCUGCCACCCUUUGUAAGGAACCUGGAAUAAUGGUCGUUCCAUUGUGCAUCCUCUAUGACCUUUUGAGAGAUACGCGGCAUGACGAGUCGUCUAUAAAGUAUCGAUGGCGAAGCAUCUUCGCUUUGGGAACGGGAGGCUGUAUACUGCUUUACUGGAGAAAUAGGGACUGGCAUGAUGAAGAGAGUCUUUUUAGAAGCGCUCUACACAUCAAUCCCCCUAAAGCAUACGGCAACCUAGGAAGUGUGCUGACCACACAAGGAAGGAUAGAAGAGGCGGAAGUUGCUUUCGAGCGAGCGCUGAAAUACAGACCAAACAUGGCCGAUGUGCACUACAAUUUAGGGAUCCUUCUACAAAACCAGAGACGAUAUGGUGAAGCCAUCACAAGUUUUGAGAGGGCAAUUUAUUUUAGGCCGUCAAUGGCAUUGGCUUACGUGAACCUCGGUACGUCGCUAAUGGCCGACGGACGGCUGGCCGAGGCGGCAAGCGCUCUGCGUACCGGAGCCCGGGUAGAAGGCUUAAGGGUCCGAGAUCGACGAGAGCACGACGCGGCGAGGGUCUCAGCUCUCGUGCAACUCGCGACGUUGCACACCCAACGUGGCCACUGGCACAAAGCCCUGUCCGCAUACAAAGACGCGCUGCAGAUACUGCCAGACACGAAUUCCCCGGUUGUGGGAUGGACGAGACAUAGUGUCUUGUCAAUGGCUGGAGAUAUUUAUAUACAGUUGCAGCAAUGGUCCCAGGCAGAAAAUAGCAUACUCUCUGCGUUGGCUGUUGCACCAAAGGAUUUGGGCACACACAUCACCCUGGCUCAGAUUUUAGCCAGAAAUACAAGUAGAGCUUUAGAAGCUGAGAUGUGGUUCAAAAGAGCCGUGACGUUGGCUCCCGAUGAUCCAUCAGUCAGGGAUCAAUUUGGUAUGUUCUUGAGGUCGCAGAGGAGACUACGCGAAUCGGCGGAGCAAUUGGAAAGGGCAGCGCAGCUUUCACCGCUAGAUGGCGCGCGCGCCGCUGCUGCAGCGAGAGCGUUGAGGGAUGCUCGCCGCUGUCGUUCUGCAGAGCGUUGGUACGCUAGGGCCGUUGAACUGAAUCCCGAGGACGCAGCUUACCAUUCUAACCUUGGCGCUAUACUUCACUUGAACGGCAAAUACGCGGCCGCGGCCACGUCCUAUCGCCGCGCUUUGCAGUUACAACCGAACGACGAAAUAACAAUAACAAAUUUGAAAAGAGUUCGAACUUUAAUGAGUAAGCAGAGUAGAAAA